AUGAAGAAGUCAAAACAGCAGAAGCUGAAACAGAAACAAGAAGAAUCAAUUGAAAAUAUUGAAUCAACAACUAAUACAAUUGAUCCAAUACAACAACAACAACAUCAACAACAACCUCCUACAUCUACAUCAUCAUCACAUCAAACAUUAUCAGAUCAAGUAUAUUCACCCAAUUCUAAAACUAUAUCAACUUCACCAUCAACUGAACCUGAAUUUAUAUCACCAACAAAAUCCUUAAAAACAUUUUUUUUCAGUAAAAAUAGAUUAUCAUCAUAUCUGAUUGAUAGUAUAAGUGAAGAACCAGAAUUAAAUGAUUCUAUAGCUUCAACAACAACUCCACAAAAGAAGAAAUUAUCGAUACCAAAUAAUUUAUCAAAUAAUGAAUUAAGUCCAAGUAAAUCUCCAAGAAUUUUAAAUUUUAAUUUAAAACCAAAAUUUAUAAGAUCAAAAUCUUCAAUUGUUUCUGAUUCUGGAGGUUCAACUAUAUCAAAAUAUCCUGUAUUACAAAAUAAUAGAACUAUAACAAUAGAUGAUUUUGCAGAUACUGAUUCAUCAGAUGAAAGUUUUAGUAAUAAAAGUCAAAAUCAAGGAGAAAAAGAAAUAGAAAAAGAAGAAAAUCAAGAAGAAUCACCAGUUAUAAUUGAUGAAUCUUUUAAUUCUGUUUUACAAGAAUAUAUUAACAGAGAAUCAGAAAGUAGAUUUAUUGAAGUUGAAUCAAGACCAAAUAGUAAAAUUUUAAGUUCAAAUGAAAAAGAAAUAUUAAAAAAUUUAACAGAACCUCAACCAGCGUUUAAUAAUGAGGAAGAUGAACAACAACAAUCUGCUUUAAAUAUAACACCACCACAGCGUAGUACUUCGAUACUAAACCAACCAUCUCCAACAUCUUUAACUCAAGUAGGUAAUAGAAAUAGUGGAAACAGUAUAACAUCACUACGAUUUAAAGUAUCAAAUGAUAAAGUAGAACCAAUAAAAACAAUAAGUCGACAUAUGAGUACUUCAACAAAUAUUGAUAUAAAUAGAUCAUCAUCAUUAAGAGCAUCAAUGGCAUUUAGUGAUGAUAGUGAUUCUUUCAACAAUAAUAAUAAUAAUUCAAGUGGUCAAAGAUUACCUGAUCCAACUAUAACUCCAUUAGCAACACCAAGAGGAAAAUAUAAUUUUGGUACUAAUAGUGGAGGAGAAAGUGAUAAAAUAAUAAAUAGUUCAUCAUCAGAUCCUGCAAAUUCAAGUAGUAUAUCAAAUGAUACUCCAAUUAUGAUUACUGGAUUAAAAAGAAAUUCAUCAUUAGCAUCAGAAACUAAAAAUAAUAGAUUAUCAUCAAAAUCUCAAAUAAUAGAUGAAACAAUGAUUAAUAAAAGUAAUAAUCCUAAUAAUGUUACAUCAAAUACUGUACAUACUUUUACAUUUGAUGAAACUAUAUUAAAAUCAAAACAUACAAGUAUGGGGGCAAGAUCAUCAAUGUCAUCAGGAGAAUUAUUAAGAAAUUUAGAAAAUUCUUAUGAAAUUACAAAAAGUAGUGGUGGUCAUUCAAAUAGAUCAUCACAACCUCAAUCUCAACAACAACAGCAGCAAAGACUAUCUCAACAACAAUCAUUAGAUCAAUCACAAAGUCAACAAUCUCAAAAUCAACAAUCUCGCGACAGUCAAUCUCAAGUUUCAACACCAAUAACUCAACAAUUUAUAUUAAAAGCUCCAAUAUCAUCACCACCACAAUUACAUCCAGAAAAUAACAUGACUGCAGGAAUAGAUCAAACAAAUGAAUUACCUAUAAUGUUAUAUAAAGUUCAUGAUAAAGAUUUUGAUGAGUCUAAAAAUAGGUGGUCAGUUUAUGAAAAUAGAAAUAGUAAUACCACAAAUAUAUCAAAAAAUAUUAGUAGUGGUAAUAAUAAUCAUAUUUCACCAAAAUUAGAUUCAUUAAUUCAUCAUGAACCACCAUCAUCUGCAUCUUCUGCAUCAGCUUCUGCAUCUUCACAUAUUUCAUCAUCAUCAUCAUCAAGUGCAUCAUAUCAGUCAAUAGAUCAACUAAGUGAACCAAAAUCAUCAAAUUUAAGACAUCCUGAACCAUCAUAUCAAUCACAUCAACCACAAAAUCAUAAUCAAAAUAUACUAGAAAGAAAUUCAUUAGUAUUAUCUCAACCAAAAAGAAAUAUAUAUCAUGAAACUCCUAAAAAUUUAAAAGAUUUAGAAAAACAAUUACAAAAUUUACCAUACUUACCAAAACAACAAUCGGAAUUGGAGGAAAAUACAUAUAAGUUUCAAAAUUAUUCAAAUUUAAAAUUUGGUAUAUUAAUGAUAUUAGGAUUAAUUAUUCCACCAAUAUAUUUUUUAAUACCAAUUGGAUUAUUUGAUGAUAACUUAAGUAAAAAUAAUCUGUAUUAUGGUGGUGGGUUAAGAUUUUAUAAUAAAUCUAAAGAUCGAGUAAUCAUCAAGAGGUUUACUAAAUGGCAAAAAAUUACAAGUUUUAUUUUUGGAAUUUUAUGGGUCUCUGUUAUUUUAGCUAUGAUUGGGGUUGGAUUAGGAAUUGGUUUAACUAGAGAAUAA